AUGCUCUCCCGGGCAUUGGUUCCACCAUAUUCCAUUAUCAAAAAGUUUGCAAGAAAGGAUAUUGCAGAUUUAGGUGACUUUAUUGCGGUUAUUUCAGAACUGUCUAGGGGAGAACGAGUGCCUCUUGAAUAUGUAACAUACACUGCCCGACAUCGGAACAAGUGUACAAUAGUUACAAUUGAUCAGCAUGGAUGGUAUGCAACUCCUCAGUUAUAUACUCGAAAUGAUGCAACUGGAUUGUGGAUUGCAAAAUCAGCUAUGCUACUGGAAUCUCCAUAUGUAGUUUCCAUUCAUCAACGAGGUCAUAGGGAUGUGAACUCAAAUGUCGAUGAGAAUAUAGCUGUUGAAGGAACCGUGUCAUCUUCUAGAGAUUUAGAUGACAUAAAAGGUGUUUCACGGCAUUCUUCUAGCAUGGAAGGCUCUGACCUUGCUAGAACAAUAUCUGGUAACACUUCAUUGGCAGAACAAGUAAUUAAACCAGCCCUUGUGAAGUUUGAGGUGCACGUGCCACCAAUAUGCAUGAUUGAUGGAGUGCAUGCUAAACAUUUCACUGGAGCUGGUGUGGUAAUACAUCAUUCUGACUCUCUUGGUCUGAUUGCUGUUGAUAGGAAUACAGUUGCUAUAUCUAUCUCUGAUAUAAUGGUUUCUUUUGCUGCAUAUCCCAUUGAAAUACCUGGACAGGUUAUUUUUCUGCAUCCUUUUCACUACUUUGCAUUGGUUGCAUAUGAUCCUUUGACACUAGGAGUUGGAGCAUCCGUUAUCCGGGCUUCUAAACUUCUUACUGAACCUGCCUUGCGCCGAGGAGAUUCUGUGUACCUAGUUCGUCUAAUUGAUAGUUUACAUGCUAAAUCAAGGAAAUCAAUCGUAACCAAUUGGCAAGCUAUUAAUAUUUGCUCAAGUGACUUCCCACGGUAUCAUGCAAUGAAUACGGAGGUCAUUGAGCUCGAUACUGAUUCUGAUAUCGAACUUUCGGGUGUAUUGACCGACGAGCAAGGGAGAGUUCAAGCACUAUGGGCAAGUAUUUCCAGCCAGCUCUUCGGUUGUGGCAAAGAAGGGGACCAUCAGUUUGUUGUAGGUAUACCAAUACACCUGAUAAGUCAAGUCCUUGAGAAGAUAAUCUCUGGUGCUCCUGGACCAUUUCGUCUUAUCAAUGGAAUUAGGAGACCAAUGCCAUUUGUCAGACUUCUGGAGGUGGAGAUUUAUCCAACUUUGCUAACAGAGGCAAGUAAUUAUGGAUUGAGCGAUAGAUGGGUGCAGGCUCUAGCUGAGAAGGACCCUGAGCGAAGACAAGUAUUGCAAAUUAUAGGUUGCUUUGCUGGAUCAAAAGCGGAAACUCUUUGUGAAGGGGAUAUGAUUCUUGCUAUCGAUAAGAAGCCUAUUACAUGCUUCCUUGACAUUGAGAAUGCUUGCCAAAAGCUGGACCAUUCGGUUGGUUCAGAUGGAAUGCUUAACAUGACAAUAUUUCGCCAGGGACACAGUAAUCAACUAAAGUCAACUGCAGUCAACAUGGUCAGCCCCUGGUCCAACUUGGUGAAAGGAGGCCUAGGUGCCAAGCCUUGGUCCAAGGAAGUCAAGGCCAUUCAAGCCUUCAAGCAUACAAAACAUAGGGCCGCCUUCCCCCGGCCGGCUAUCCCCAGGGCCGACUCCCAGAAGGCGACCCAGCCUCAGAAACCUCCCCCAAGAAAGAUACGAGAUAGCUGA